UCUGUGACAGCAUCGAUGGCUCGAGUGAAAGGCCGUGUAGAUCGAACCCCGGUUCCCAACCCGAAUCCUGCUGAGGUGCCGGAAAUCCGCUACCGCGGCGUUCGGAAGCGGCCAUGGGGCCGAUACGCGGCGGAGAUAAGAGAUCCGUGGAAGAAAGCCCGUGUCUGGUUGGGCACUUUUGAUACUGCAAUUCAAGCGGCCCGGGCUUACGACACAGCUGCUAUCUCCUUCCGUGGGGCAAAGGCGAAGACCAAUUUCCCUAUCCCUCCUGAGGUUCUUGCGGCUUUGCAUCCUCUUCCUCCUCCACCUCCGGUUAACCGUAGGGCGAGACAACCCGUGCUUGCCGCCCUAGCGGACAACAUGGUUUAUUUCAAUUAUCCGACUUCGAGCGGGAUGAGUAGCACCGUGGAGUCUUUCAGUGGGCCUAUGGUGGGUUCUUCUUCUAGAGUUCCUGUGUUUGCACCGGUUAAUCCUAGACCGGUUGUUGUUGCUGGUGGUGGCGAAGGUUAUCACAGUGAUUGUGAUUCCUCUUCUUCUGUGGUGGAUGCUGAUGACGAUGAAGAUUGUGUUAUCAUUUAUUCAUCAGCAGUUCGGAAGCAGCCUCGAAAUAUUGAUCUCAAUUUGCCUGCUCCGAUGUUCUACAAGAAUAAUGAAGAGAUCCGGGCCACCGACCUCCACCUCUGAUUUCCCUCCGUCUGUCUGUCCGCUGCUGAUUCUGCCGCUGUGACUUUUCAUGUGUUGUUCAAGAGAGUUUAAUUGUCUUUUUAUAUUUGAAUUUUAUCUUUUGUAGUUUGUUAAGUAUGAAGAAAAAAAACCUCUACUUUGUUAGAGUUAGAGUAUUAAGGUUAAGGUUAUGGGGAUAGAGUAAUAGUAUGAGUAUUAUUAUGAUUUGAUUAAGAUGAUGUUUGUAAAAUAUUGGAAAAGGGCAUGGCCAUCUUUGUUAUGUGAUAAGUGAAGGUUUAUUUCAA